AUGCAAACUCAUUUGCCAUCCAUCAACUAUUAUUACAAUAAUAAAAGCUCAGGCAUGCUUUGCUUUCAAAUGUUGCUUUCGGUAAUAAUCCUCGUACAAUCAAUCGUAGUUAAGAGUUAUACUUGGAAUCCAGAUCCUCAACGUGCAGCGACCCUUCAAGCUCGAUGGAACAAAUUUAACUCUCUUCCAUACAUAACUGAAGCAGCAGUUGAACAAGUUUGUGGCGCACUCGGCGAUCCUAAAUGUUGGAAACCAGCUGGAAGACCGUCGGACGAAGAAACAGAAAGUUGUGAUAGAUGGUGUUGCCAUCGGGGUUUCAUAACUGGAUCUUGUCAGGGAGGUGUUUCAAUUGGUAUCAGUGGUAACAACUAUGGAUCGGUACGCGGUGAAAUGCAUUAUAAGCCUACAUUUAAUGGCUUUUCAAACUGCAUCUGCACUAACGACCUAACAGAUGUGAGAUGUGGCAUUGAUGGUUCGUUUUUGGGAAUUCGAUGUCCUGCUGAUUGGAGUGCAUGCCGUAGAAAGUGUUGUCGUCAAGGAAGAUCAGGCGGACAUUGCGGUGGAUUCUUGCGCUUGAAAUGCAAAUGUGAUUAA